UUCAUUGGUUCCGGUACGGCCGAUGUAGGAUGUUGAGUGUGUUUGUCGUUCGCUUCAUUAUUCAACGACUUUAGCAGGCGAGCAGUAUAAUCGCGAAAAAAGGCAUUGCGAAAGUGAGAAUCGAUGAGUGAUACGUGAACGUAAUUUCAUCGGUAGAUAUUGAAGAAGGGAUUAUUGGAGUGAAGCAGAAAUGCAAUUCUAUAAGGAGAGGCUCCUGUCACCGGGACAGUUGAAACGGCUCACUGAGCAUAAGUACAGCUGUACCAGUGUCAGCUUGCUUGACGGACUUCUUCAACCCUGGUGGGAAUGGCUCGUCAGCAAGGUGCCACUUUGGCUCGCGCCCAAUCUUAUUACAGUUAUCGGUCUUUUCGUCAACAUUGCCACUACACUUGUCCUUGUAUAUUAUAGUCCUGAUGCUAAAGCUGAGGCACCACGAUGGGCAUGCUUUUUAUGUGCCCUGGGCCUCUUUGUAUACCAAAGCUUGGAUGCUAUAGAUGGGAAGCAGGCUAGACGUACUGGAACGUCCACACCUUUAGGUGAACUCUUUGAUCAUGGAUGUGAUUCUGUUUCAACAGUAUUUGUAGCUCUUUCUGCCUGUAUUGCUGUACAGCUAGGACACUAUCCAACUUGGAUGUUUUUUCAAUGUUUCUGUGCAAUGACAUUAUUUUAUUGUGCACACUGGCAAACUUAUGUAUCUGGUUCAUUGAGGUUCGGCAAAGUGGAUGUCACUGAAGCUCAAUUCACCAUCAUUGGAAUUCAUUUGGUCUCAGCCAUAUUUGGUCCUAGGAUUUGGAUGACAAAGAUACCGUUCAUACAUGGUUUUGAAUUUAGAUAUUUCAUAGCAAUCAUAACCGUGGCGGGUGCAUUAUCAAGCUUAAACAAUAUGUUUUCCGUGAUUUUCACCGGUGGAGUUGGCAAGAACGGUUCUACUGUGGCUAUCCCCCUGCUAGGAGUUGGCACUCUCAGUAACUUCGUAGCUGUUAUAGUUUACAUGGGCUACGUUCACGUGUUCCUUGAAUUCUGUAAGGUUUUUGAGUCCGGCGGUGUCGGCAAAAAUGGCUCUACCAUUGCUUUGCCAUAUACUGGCACAGAGGUGAAGGUCUUUCCAUUAUGGGCUGCUGUGGGGAUCGCCGUUUUACUAGCAUAUAGCAGCAUUUCCGUGAUUCUCGCCGGUGGUGUUGGAAAGAACGGUUCGACUGUUGCAGGAACAUCAGUAUUGUCACCGAUAAUUCCAUUCAGUUUUGUGGUGGUGCCAGCAUUCAUAAUAUACCGAAAAAGCACUGAAUAUGUCUAUGAAAAUCAUCCCGCUCUUUACAUACUUGCCUUUGGAAUGGUUGCUGCUAAGGUGACAAAUCGCCUUGUGGUAGCUCAUAUGACUAAGAACGAAAUGCAAUAUUUGGACAGCUCACUGAUUGGACCAGCAAUGUUGUUUCUAAACCAAUACUUCAAUUUCUUUAUCGAUGAAUAUUACGUUCUCUGGCUCUGUUUUAUUUGGGUGACACUGGAUCUCCUGCGCUACAGUGCUCAGAUCUGCCUGGAGAUUUGCGAUCACAUGAAUAUCAUGCUCUUCAGGAUACCAACAGGCGGUGGUGCUCAGCAGCGCAGUGGUUCCGGCGUAGGUAUUAACACCAGUGGCGUCACCGGUUUCCACGUGUCAGGCUCAUCAGAGAAAAAUGUUCAGAUGGUGAUGGAACAAGAACCCCUGUUAGACGAGGAACAUUACACGGGCUCGGACACCACCCUCGACCUUUGACAUUCUUAAAAUCUCGUUGACGUAGAGCAGCACCUCAUCGUAACGAGACAAACAAUGUGCGGGCAAUAAAUGAAUUUUGAUAAGUAAUAACUAAGUUAGGGAAUAGAAACAAGGAUUAAUGUCAGAAAAGGCAUUUAUUAUUUAAAAAAAAAUGAGCUGGACUUGUUCAAUUGAUCUCCCCCAA